AUGGGACCCUUGAAGCUCAACAGCAAAAAUCUGUCCGAAAUCACCGCGGCAGCCACUGCCGCAGGCGUCGUGCCCAUUGAGAUCCCUACCUUCCCGCGGGGUAACGCGGUCAAGGAGGGCAUCGUUCACAUUGGCGUGGGUGGCUUCCACAGAGCUCAUCUAGCUGUCUAUGUCCACGAGCUUAUGCAGAAGCAUGGGGUGACCGACUAUGCAAUUUGUGGAGUUGGCCUGCAGCCCUUCGACGCUGCUAUGCGCGACGCUUUGGGUUCGCAGGACCACCUCUACACCAUUGUUGAGCGUUCCGCCCAAGGCAGUGUUGCCAAGGUUAUGGGAGGCAUCAAUUCAUACCUCUUUGCUCCUGACAACCGCGAGGCUGUUAUUGCCAAGAUGGCACACCCCGACACCCAUAUCGUGUCGCUUACUAUCACCGAAAGCGGCUAUUACUACAACGAGAACACCCACGAGCUACAGAGCGAGGACCCUGACAUUCAGCAUGACCUCAACCCUGCCAACGAACCUAAAACUACCUUCGGCUUCCUCUAUCACGGCAUGGCACGGCGCCACCAACAAGGGCUCAAACCCUUCACUGUCGUCUCCUGUGACAAUAUGCAAGGAAACGGCGCUAUCACCCGCCGUAUGCUUGUCUCCUUUGCCCGCCUACGUGACCCCAAGCUUGCAGAGUGGAUCAACACAAACGGUCAUUUCCCUAACGCUAUGGUCGACCGUAUUACCCCUCAAACAUCCGCCGCCGAUAAGGUAGGCCUCGCGAAGGACUUUGGCAUUGAGGACUCCUGGCCCAUUGUCACGGAACCAUUUAUGCAAUGGGUUAUUGAGGACCACUUCUGUGAUGGCCGUCCACCCUUUGAGAAGGUCGGAGUGCAGAUUGUCAAGAAUCUUAAAAAUGUGGAGGAGUUCGAGAAGCAUAAGCUACGUCUGCUUAACGGUAGCCACGCUAUCAUUGCCUAUGGCGGCCAACUUGCAGGCUACAAGUACGUCCACGAGGUCAUGGAGAACCCGUUAUUCAGAAAGUUUGUCUGGCAGAUGAUGCAGGAGGAGGUGAAGCCUACCCUCCCCGAAAUCUCCGGACACGAUACCGACAAGUACUGCGAGACACUUGUGGAACGUUUCUCCAACCCCCCGAUCAUGGACCAGUUGCCCCGUAUUUGCGGCGGUGGAACUGGUAAGAUUCCCCAAUUUAUCAUGCCUACCAUUGCUGAGGCUAUUUGGGCCACUGGUCCUUUCCGUCGCCUAUGUUUCACCGCAGCUGCUUGGUUCCACUAUAUCAACGGCGUUGACGACAACGGUAACAAGUUUGAGGUUCAGGACCCCAUGCUUGAAGAAAUUCAGACUAAGGCUCGCGCUGGCGGUACCAACCCUAUGGAAUUGCUUAGCAUCAAGAGCCUGUUCGGUGAUGACUUGCGCAACGACAAACGUUUCGUCGACACUAUCACCACUGCAUUGAAGGAUAUUUCGCGCGAUGGUGUCAUCAAGUCCCUUCCCAAGUACAUUGACUAA